CUCGCGAAGUGUGCUUGUUCUCGAAUUGAGCUAAGGCCAAUUUUAUUAAAAUUUUUGGCAACUUGCACUAAAAUAAAAACAACAAAAAACUAAACCAACAUGUCCACCAAAGCUGAACUCGCUUGCGUCUACUCAUCCCUCAUCUUGGUCGAUGAUGAUGUUGCCGUUACCGCGGAAAAAAUCAACACCAUCUUGAAGGCCGCCAAUGUUGACAUUGAGCCAUACUGGCCAGGUCUUUUCGCCAAGGCUUUGGAGGGAAUCAACAUCAAGGAUUUGAUCACCAACAUCGGAUCCGGAGUUGGAGCCGCCCCAGCUGCUGGUGGUGCUGCUGCCGAUGCUGGUGCAGCUGCUGCCCCAGCUGAAGCCAAGAAGGAAGAGAAGAAGGAGGAAGAACCAGAGGAGUCUGACGACGACAUGGGUUUCGGUCUUUUCGAUUAAAAACUUCCACCACCCUCACCUCUGUGACGUUGACUUUUAUGCUUUGUACACGUUUUAAUGUACAAAAAUGUGAAAUAAACAAAUUUUUACAGAAAAGAUAAAAAAAAA